CUCGGCACAGAGGCAGGGGGCAGUGCUCAGCAUGACCUCCUGCACACAGGCCCGUUGGUGGCUGCCACUGCUGCUGCUCACCCUGCCAGCCACAGGCUCAGAUCCUGUGCUAUGCUUCACUCAGCAUGAGGAAUCCUCCCGCAAGUGCAGUGGCUUCCUGGGAAGCGUCAGUGUGGAAGAUUGCUGUCUCAACACUGCCUUUGCCUUCCAGAAAGACGGCAGCAAGCUCUGUCAGACAUGCAGAGCCGUAGGAUGGUCACCUUGGUCAGCAUGGGCCCCCUGCUCAGUGACAUGCUCUGAGGGCUCCCAGCUGCGGCAUCGGCGCUGCAUGGGCCGGGAAGGGAAGUGCUCUGAGAAGGCGGUGCCUGGGACCCUUGAGUGGCAGCUACAGGCCUGUGAGGACCAGUUAUGCUGUCCUGAGAUGGGUGGCUGGUCUAACUGGGGACCCUGGAAGCCUUGCUCUGUCACCUGCUCCAAAGGGACUCGGACCCGCCAGCGAGCAUGUGAUCACCCUGUCCCCAAGUGUGGGGGUGGCUGCCCAGGAGAGGCACAGGAGUCAGAGGCCUGUGACACAAAGCAGGUCUGCCCUACACAUGGAGCCUGGGCUGCCUGGGGCCCCUGGAGUCCUUGCUCAGGCUCCUGCCACGGUGGACCCCAUGCACCUAUAGAAACACGAAGCCGCACGUGUUCUGCACCUAAGCCCUCCCAGCAGCCUCCUGGGAAGCCCUGCCCAGGGCCAGCCUAUGAGCAGCGGGGUUGCACUGGCCUCCCACCCUGCCCAGUGGCUGGGGGCUGGGGGCCCUGGGGCUCUGUGAGCCCCUGUCCUGUGACCUGUGGCCUGGGCCAGACCCUCGAAAAACGGACAUGUGAUAACCCCAAGCCUCAGCAUGGGGGCCCCUCCUGUGCUGGUGACACCACCCGGACUCACAUCUGCAACACAGCUGUCUCCUGCCCUGUGGAUGGAGAGUGGGAGACCUGGGGAGAGUGGAGCACCUGCUCUCGCCUGAACAUAAAGUCCAUCAGCUGUAAUGAAAUCCCGGGCCAGCAGUCACGCACGAGGACCUGCAAGGGCCGCAAGUUUAAUGGACAGCGGUGUGCUGGCCAAUACCAGGAUAUCCGGCACUGCUACAGCAUCCAGGGCUGUGUCUUGAAAGGCUUGUGGUCAGAGUGGAGUACCUGGGGGCUGUGCACGCCUCCAUGUGGACCCAACCCCACCCGUGCCCGCCAGCGCCUCUGCACAGCCUUGCUCCCCAAGUUCUCGCCCACCGUUUCAGUGGUUGAAGGUCAGGGUGAGAAGAAUGUGACUUUCUGGGGAAAACCGCGGCCACUGUGUGAAGAGCUGCAGGGGAAGAGGCUGGUGGUGGAGGAGAAACGGCCAUGUCUACACACGCCUGCCUGCAAAGACCCUGAGGACUAAAAGCGCUAACACCUCUCUCUUCCACUUUGACCCUCUGACUUCCCAAACCUCAAUAAACUAGCCUCUUGGA